GCAACUGGGUUGUCCGACGCCGCUCGGCCCUGCUAUGGUGUGUCAGCGAUGACGGAUGUGGAGGCGACCUAUGAGGACUUCAUCACCUCUCGACGAUCCGGCCGCAGGAAUGCCAUACAUGAUAUUCCAGACGCUCCUGGAGAACCGGGCACCACUGAUCUGUCGGAGAGUCUGGCACAGCUCAACAUCAACAAGUCAGGUGAUGAGGGAGAAGAUGCUGAGAAAAGCCAGAACUCUCCAUCUAAAGAAGAGCAGACUCAAGCUGAGGGAAGCUAAGUGCCACCGGACAUUUAUGGACUCGAGCAGCCACUUCUUUUAGUCUAUCUGCUCCCUGUAUGCUAAGCCUCUGACUGGCCAGUUGCAUCUAAUGACUGUGAACAGCAAAAUCCUCUAUUGCCACUAUCCUGCCAUCAGGAAGUCAUCACUAUGGCAACCACAGCACAGUCUCUCUCUCGCUUGUAAUUGGGUGUGUUCCAUUUUCCUUAAAAACCUUCCUUCCUUUGCUGCCUUUUGUCCAAGGCUGCUGAUAUCAGAUUGGAUGUAAUUUAAGGUGAACUAAACAUGAUGUCAACAACCAAAACCAGCCCACUUUUGACUGUGAGUGGUUUUGAGUGGAAAGUGGAGGGAGGAACGGAGGCUAGUAAAAGGUUUUUAGAGCAGCCACAGAAUUAAAAUUUGUCUUCCCCUCUCCUCGUCUCCUUCAAUUAAUCACCGCUGAUGCGACUGAAACACAGACGUCAACUGGACAUCCACUCAUCUUGCCUCGACGCCUGAACACGUGCUCCCUUCAUAAGUACUCGCUAUUGACCGUUUCCUAUUUCCAUGGAUUCGGAUCCAUCUGUGUAUUGGAUUGAUGGACGUUAUUCAGCAACUGCACUCAGCAGCUCAAAGGCCCUGUUGUACUUUGUUGCAUGUAUCCAUGUCAGGUGUAAUAUCUAAAUGGGUAUUUUUUUUUUUAUCAUUUCAGACAUCCCAUUUUAAGUAUUACAUUGAUGGUCAAACACGGUCCAGUUCUUUAAAAAAAGUAAGAGUCAGAUCACAAGAUAUAAAGCUUUUUUUUCCCCCAAGUUAGGAACAGCAACAUGUGCUGCUCGAUCUGUCACAGGCAAAAUGAGCGUCUGUUUAGUUUUGGUGGCUGGCUUCACUGCACCUUGCUUUACUCUUGCACACUGACCCAUAACUUUGAGUUCACUAUAACUAUUCACUAGAAUUUUGUUGUUUGCACUGCCAGGCCUCACAAAUGAAGCCAGGGAGUACAAAUGUGUCCCCCCUCCCCCCCAAAAUUGUGGGUUUUUUAAACCAUUUUUCUGCCAAGGCAAUAUUGUCUUUUGCUUUGCUAAUUCAGGACCUGGCCUGCUUGCCAUAAUUGAUGGAACCACAAAUUCAACUCUUUACAAGAAAAUACAGAAAGAGAACCUCUGCCCAUCGAUUUGUGGUCCAAACUUCAAGCACACUUGGGUUAUUGAGUUGGACAGUGUUUCAAAACACACCAGCAAGUCCACCUCUGAAUAGCUUGAAGUAACAAAAUGAAGGUUUUGGACUACUAUUGAGAUGUUUUUCAUUAAAAGCACUGUUCAUGCUCAUAAAACCCUCCAAUGUGGCUGAAUCAAAACAAUUCUGCAGAAAAGAGUCACUCAAUGUGAAUAACUCUUUGCCAAUACUUGCAAAACCUCUUGCCUGCAGUUCUUAUUACCAAGGCUAGCACAACCAUUUAUUAGGCUUAGGGGUCAUGUACUGUUUCACACAGGGCCAGGUAGUUUUGGAUAGCUUUUUUCAAUUAAUAAAAUAAAUCAUCAUUAAAAAAAAAAGGCAUUUUGUUUGCACUCAGGUUAUCUUUAGGAAAAUACUUUUUAAUGACACUGUAAACAAUGAAAUUGAUUGGUUGGAAAGUAGGAUUUCACCCUUACUGUACAUCUUAUACUUUAAUAAUUGUAAUCAAAACUGGCCUCUCACUGUCUGCAAAUGUGUCCAGUCUAACUUGUGAUGGCCUUGAAUGCAGGAGUUCUCUCCUUACAUGCAGGGUAUCUACACACAUUAAGUGGUUAUCCCACAGUUUAACAUUGCACUGCCAUGUAUUAUACCCAAGUUUGUAAUUUGGUUGUGGUGGACAUCAAGGAAAAACAUUUAUUUGCUACUUAAGAUUUGGAAAUUGCACUACUGAGUGUGGUUUAUUAGCGUGUGCUGUAUGUGUAAAUUUUCGUAGAUGAGACGACUGUUAGAAUAAAUAUUAUGUACUGGCACACUGCCUGUCAGUUUUGCAAUUCCCUUUUGUAAUCUGUUUUCACAGUUUCCUUUUAACACCAUUACUGUACUCUGUCCAAUUUAGAUCUACUAAUGAAAUAUGUGGGUAUGCAUUCUAAAAAUGCUUUAUUACUUUGUUAUAUCUGACCAGCUGAUCAUUUUGUUUCUUUGUUUAGUUACCUUCACAAAGGAGGUUAUCUUUUUGCUACCGUUUCUAGUUAUUUGUCAACAGGAUUAUGUAUCUGCAGCUACCUGGAUGAUUUUCAGGAAACUUGGAGGUAACGUGGAGUAUGGGCAUAUAGGAAGAAGCUGUAAAAAUUGGGCGGGUGGACGGUGGUUGUAGUAAAUCUUUAGUUUUAACCUGUUAAAGGGGAUUAGUGCCAUUUUAUAGUGCAUCAUAGGACUAAGAUAACUUGUACUUUGAGUCCAGUGUAAUGUGAUUUAAUGACCGGUACCGUUGCAGUUUCGGUGAGCUAUAGAACUCAAGCUGUUGUUCCAUUCUCACUGUUAUUUUCAGUAUUUUAUAAAAAUUCUCGAUUUAGUCACGUUAUUGUGUUAUCAGAGGCAUUACUAUGUAACAUACUCAUUUUUGACUUUGUCUAUUUGGUUAGUUUUGAUGUGCAAUUAAAUUUUACCAGUGAAUUAAU